UUACUUUAGUAACAAGAAACCAAACAAAUGACGGGUGAAACCUAACUUUGCUAACAAAGUUGCCAUUUUAUUAUCCGAUCAUGGCCCAAGUAAAUCUCGAGGAUUACUUUAGAGUCAUUUUUGAAGAGGAUAUUUUACAUCUGCCUGUACAGCGACAAAAUCUGAAGACCAGCGCCAUGCGAAUUUUAGAAAAAAGACGAGAGAUGGGUCAUGUGGAUGCGUCUUUAAAAUCAAAGCGUUGUGAGUUUGAGGUGGUCUGUGAAAAAAUCGCACAAAAGAGAGAAGACUUGUGGAAGAAAGAAAAGGGAAUGAAGAAAUCUUUGCUCAAAUUUGACAGGUUCAUCAGAGAGAAUGAUGCCAAACGAUCACGAGGUGUCCGAAAAGCCGAAUUGCAGAGGGUGGUGGUGGCCCAGAAAGAUAAGGAACUAGAGGACUUGAUAAAGGAAUACAACAUUUUGCUCUCCAGAAGAGAGAAACUUCAUGACAGAUUAAUGCGCGCAUCUGUCUAUCCUCUUUUCCUGACCACAGUUGUUAAAAAGUCUCAAAAGUUUGACGACAUCAGGCAUUUGAUCAGUCGGUUUGACACCCUUCUCGUGACCCGUGACCAAUUGCUAGAUCAAGGAAGGGGAGCAGACAUCAAAACCGAACGAGAACGCACUGGAUUAAAGCGCUAUGUCAAUGAACAGAGCUCUGUCCUCCUCCAGCUAAAUAAUACCCUAUCAGAGCUGCAAACCGAACUGGACAGGGCGCUCUCACAAGCGUGCAGGUGGGAGUAUGCCUGGAACCACAUCCAGUCCACAGCGGCAAAGGAAACUCUCAUGCUUGGCCAGAUUAAUGAAAGGGCUUUUGGUGAUGGACCUCUUCUGGAGAUGGAGGAGGACAACAACCCUCAUUACUGCACAACAACCACAAAAUGGAUUGAACACAGGCUCUGACAUCUUAUUUUAGUUUUCCCUGUCAUGUUUUAUUCACUGUCUCUCUCACAUUCAAACUGUCUGCUGAUCUCAUUAUGUUUGUUCUCUAAAUAAAUUUUGAACUGCAGUCCAUGGCCUUUUAGGAGUGCAGCUUGCUAAUGUUU